GACUGGCAUCAGCCUGCUGUUCCAGGCACCAGGGUGGGACAGGCUGUCCGCGCUCACCUCUGAGUUGCCUGGCGAGAUCUUGAACACAUGAUUUUAUGGAUUAGUUUCCAAAAUGGAGAGAUGAUUAUCAAACCAGUAAUCUCAGAGCGCCGAACAGAUCGCUGCGCUGUGUAGGAGUUUCAACGACUCGCACACCACCGGCAUGGAAGGGCCGAGGGGGACCCGGGAGCCACCUCCGAGGCCGCUGGCUCGCCACCUCUCCGACGCGGAUCGCCUCCGGAAAGUCAUCCAGGAGCUGAUGGACACGGAGAAGUCCUACGUGAAGGAUCUGAGCUGCCUCUUUGAAUUAUAUUUGGAGCCACUUCAGAAUGAGACCUUUCUCACCCAAGACGAGAUGGAGUCACUGUUCGGCAGCUUGCCAGAGAUGCUGGACUUUCAGAAGGUGUUUCUGGAGACUCUGGAGGACGGGAUUUCAGCCGCCUCUGACUUGAACACCCUUGAAACUCCGUCACAGUUUAGAAAACUACUGUUUUCCCUUGGAGGCUCUUUCCUUUAUUACGCGGACCAUUUUAAACUGUACAGCGGGUUCUGUGCUAAUCAUAUCAAAGUACAGAAGGUUCUAGAGCGAGCUAAAACUGAUCAAGCCUUCAAGGCUUUUCUGGAUGCCCGGAAUCCCACCAAACAGCAUUCCUCCACCCUCGAGUCCUACCUCAUCAAGCCAGUUCAGAGGGUGCUCAAGUACCCUCUGCUGCUCAGGGAGCUGGUGUCGCUGACGGACCACGAAAGCGAGGAGCACUACCACCUAACAGAGGCACUAAAAGCGAUGGAAAAAGUAGCAAGCCACAUCAAUGAGAUGCAGAAGGUCUAUGAGGAUUACGGGACCGUGUUUGACCAGCUCGUGGCGGAGCAGAGUGGAACAGAGAAGGAGGUGACAGAACUUUCCAUGGGGGAGCUUCUGAUGCACUCUGCAGUCUCCUGGUUGAAUCCAUUUCUGUCUCUAGGAAAAACCAGAAAGGACCUCGAGCUCACAGUGUUUGUCUUUAAGAGAGCUGUCAUACUGGUUUAUAAAGAACACUGCAAACUGAAGAAGAAACUGCCCUCGAAUUCCCGGCCUGCACAUGGCUCUGCCGACUUGGAUCCAUUUAAAUUUCGCUGGUUGAUCCCCAUAUCCGCGCUUCAAGUCAGACUGGGGAACACAGCAGGGACAGAAAAUAAUUCCAUAUGGGAACUGAUCCAUACGAAGUCAGAAAUAGAAGGACGGCCAGAAACCAUCUUUCAGCUGUGCUGCAGUGACAGUGAGAGCAAAACCAGCAUCGUCAAGGUCAUUCGAUCUAUUCUGAGGGAAAACUUCAGGCGUCACAUAAAGUGUGACUUACCCCUGGAGAAAACGUGCAGGGAUCGCCUGGUACCUCUUAAGAACCGAGUUCCUGUUUCGGCCAAGUUAGCUUCCUCCAGGUCCUUAAAAGUCCUCAAGAACUCCUCGAGCUGCGAGUGGCCCGGCGAGCCCAGCAAGGGCAGCUCCCUGGACUCGGACGAGGGGAGCCUGAGCAGCAGCACGCAGAGCAGCGGCUGUCCCCCGGCUGGGAGCUCGCAGGACUCCCCACAACCCCCACCUGCAGGCCCGGCUGACUUGUCCCCCAGCCUCAUCAAAGAGAGCGACAUUCUGAGCGAUGAGGAGGAUGACUACCAUCAGACCCUGAAGCAGGGCAGCCCUACCAAAGACAUUGAAAUUCAGUUCCAGAGACUGAGAAUCUCGGACGACGUGGACGCGAACCCGGCCGACCGGCGGCCCAGAGGCGAGCAGCCCAAGCUGGUCCGCGGGCACUUCUGCGCCAUUAAACGAAAAGCCAACAGCACCAAACGGGACAGGGGAACUUUGCUCAAGGCACAGAUCCGUCACCAGUCCCUCGACAGUCAGUCUGAAAAUGCCAACCUCGAUCUCAGUUCUGUCCUGCAGCGAGAAUUCAGUGUCCAGAGUUUAACAUCGGUGGUCAACGAGGAGUGUUUUUAUGAAACAGGGAGCCACGGAAAGUCAUAGUAGGAUUUCCGUCCGACGCGGGUUAAAUGG